AUGAUUAUACGUAAACCAACAACUAUUACUUUGAAGCCAGAAGAUGAUUAUUAAGAAUAUGAAGAUUUUAAAAAAAGAUAAGAAGACUAAAAGAAGAGUUAAAUGUAAUAAAAGAAAGAAAUGUUCACUUGGUCAUAGUAAUAAUAAGCUUAGAUAAUACAUUAAGUUUGAAAAUUUUGAAUUUAAAAAUAGGCCCCAAAAAAUACAAGAAGAUCAAUUCAAGUUGCCUAAGAACCAACAAUUGAAUUUGAACCUGAUUCAUACUUUGAUAUUAACAAUUAAAUCCCUGUUAACCAAUUAUUUAGAAUGAUAAAUCCAUCUCCUGAUACCAUGUAACAAGAGCCAUAAUGA